AUGUCCGGAGAUUUGGCCAAAGAGGUCAAACUGGUGGUACCGACUUUGACCUCUUCACCAAAUAGUUUGCAAACACCUGAUCAAAGCGCGACUCAAAACACUUCCCAACAAACAUGUGAACAGAGAAAAGACGGCGACUAUCAUAGCAAUGUUGAUGAGGAUAUCGAAGCACAAAAGACCAAACGCAAAUCAAAGUUAAGAGCAUACUGGAAUUUCCUACGAUAUACAGCCCUCAAUGUCUACCGCCGCCUUUUCUCAUUCAUCUUUCUGGCAAAUCUCGCCGUUUUCAUUGCCAUCAUGAUAACCGACCAAUCCUCUCUGCUCGCAUUCGUCAACGCAACAGCAGCAAAUUUGACUGUAUGCGGUCUAAUGCGUCAACCAUUGGUUGUCAACACGAUAUACCUAGUGAUCUGCUCCAUCCCACGCUCGGCUCCGCUACGACUACGACGAAUUGCAUCCAAGGCCUUCCACUUGGGUGGCGUACACAGUGGAUGCGGCGUUGCAUCGUUCAUGUGGUACGUCGGACUAGUAGCCUUGAUCUCCAAGCAUUACUGGUUUCCAGAGGAGUAUGGCAACAGCAGCAGCCCCGAUGCAGCACAGCAGCAAGUGACUAUUAUCCCCACAGCAGUGGUCGUAAUAGCCUAUAUCAUUCUGGUGUUAUUGCUCUUCAUCAUGAUCGCGGCCUAUCCGGCUUUUCGGUUCAAGCACCACAAUGGGUUCGAGCUAACGCAUCGUUUCUCUGCUUGGGCGGUGGUUGCACUGUUCUUGGCCCUUCUGUUGGCGUUUUCGGACCAAGCUAGAAGAGCAGAGGAUCUGAGUCUAGGCCAAUACCUCAUUCGGCUACCGGCUUUCUGGUUGCUCAUUGUGGUUAUUGCGGCUAUUGUCCACCCUUACCUACUACUACGCAGGGUGAAGGUAGAACCAGAGCCACUUUCUAGACAUGCAAUUAGACUACAUAUGAACCAUGCACGAACGAGAUUUGGUCUAGGGAUUCAGCUUGCCAAAAACCCUCUGUGGGACUGGCAUUCGUUUGCAACUUUUCCCGAUAGUGCAGCUGAGAAACGACGAGGCUCAGCCUUGCAGUCUUCCAAUUCGUUUUCCUGCCUGAUAUCCAAAGCUGGUGAUUGGACGAAAGACACAAUCGAACAUCCGCCGCAAUACCUGUGGAAGCGGGGUGUUCUAGUCUAUGGCUUCGCAUACGUGAUGCGCCUCUACGAGAAGAUCAUUGUGGUGACAACAGGGUCCGGCAUCGGGCCCUGUCUGUCGUUCCUAGGUGACGGCAACAGGCCCAUGAUGCGAGUAGUGUGGCAAACACGCUCACCACUCAAGACAUACGGACAGGGAAUCAUAGAUCUAGUCAAACAGAUGGAUCCCGACCCGCUGGUGAUGGACACUGAUUUGACAGGUCGUGCCGAUAUGGUGCCUAUCAUUGAGCGUAUGGCACGCGAUUUUGGAGCCGAUGCGGUCUGCGUGAUUAGCAACCCUAGACUUACCAAGAAGUUGGUGUACGAGUUGGAAACGAGGGGUUUGGUGGCUAUGGGUCCGAUUUUUGAUUCGUGA